AUGCAAUAUCCAGCGUUACAAUUGGCUCUCAUCUAUAGUCCUAUCAGCUUCCUCUUCCGACGCCAUGACCCAUGCUUCGAUUUGGAGGAGGCUGGGAAGCAGACCACCAACAGAUUGAUUAGGGUUACGAUAAGGCUGAAGAGGGAUAAUGAUAUAAUGAUUUUCGGUCUAGACCCGAGGGCCCCACUUCUCCAGUCACCCUUCCGCGUGGUUUCCUGGCAGACUGAUAAUACUCUAAUAAAUGUCAGCUUCCAAGAUUCCAAUCUCGCAACUUCCACUGAUUAUUGGGAGAGCUCGAAUGCUAGUCCAGAAAGUCUAUCACUCUCCUUCCCACAUUAUUGCCCAAUGACGCUAGAUAUGCUCUCUAUUCACAAACCUCCACAUUCCCCUUCGAAAGCAGCGGUCAGACUUGUCCAUCAAUGA